AUGGUAGACCAGUUCACAAAGUGGGUGGAGUGCAUACCGUUGCCAUCUCAGACAGCUGAGGUGACAGCAAGGGGAGCUAUUAAUGAGUUCUUCUCAAGAUUUGGUUAUCCUUUCGAGAUAUUUACUGAUCAGAGGAGGAAUUUUGAGUCGGAGCUAUUUCAAGGUGUGUGUAAAUUGCUCCAUAUUCACAAGGCGCGAACCACGUCUUACCGUCCGUCCGCCAGCGGACAGGUUGAACGAUACAAUCGUACAUUCGUGGAUGCCGUUCGAUGUUACACUGACGGGUCUCAAACCCGGUGGGAUGAAAACCUGGCUCAGUUGGCAGGAAUUCUAUGCUUCGCGGUAAAUCGCCACACAGGUUACACUCCCAGUCAUCUUAUGUUGGGUAGGGAGAUCUAUCAACCCGCAGAUCUCAUCUUCAGGCCUCCUGCUGGAGAUCAGCCGGCACAUGUUGAUGAGUAUGUGGCCAAUGUGGAACUGUUCGUCAAUGUUAGUGUUUUACGGAUAAUUUUAAGCUCUCUCUUUCUUUAUAAAAUGGAGAACAAUGAUGAAAGACUGUGUAUGGGCAGGUGGGAAGGUGACGCGGUUGCCCAUCCACCUUCGCCCGAGGAGGAGCCCUCGACCGAGGAACGACCUUUGCUCGAGGAAUGA